AUGGCGUUGUUUACAUGUUUCGAUGAUUUACCUGAUCUAGUAUUAAUCGAGCUUUUCUCAUAUCUCUCAUCUACCGACAUACUAUGGGGAUUUACUCAUCUUAAUCAUCGUCUAACAAUGUUAAUAAAUGAACGAGGUUUUUUUCAUUAUAUUAACUUAUCACUUGCACGUUAUCAACAAUUCAAUACAAUUCUUCGUUUUCUUCAAUUGAAUUAUGUUCAAUCACUUUCAAUUGAUAGUGAUGCAUCUCCACUUCAAUUAACUCAUUGGCCUUAUCUACCUCGUUUGAGAACUUUACGUAUCAUUGGUGUCUACAAUCAUGAUGACCUUUCAAAAUUUCUUUUGCUUCAUGCAGCUACACUCGCUCAUCUCAUCAUCAAAUCAAACGAAAGGCUGGUUCCGGAUGGAUUUUCCUUUAAAUUUGAACAUCCGAUAGGCCACAUGGGAUUAUUAAUAAAAGAUAUUCUUCUUAUUCAUUUACCUGCACUUCGAUCUCUCGACUUAGGCAUGGAGUAUUACGGGACACGUUGGCCCAUUACUACUGCAAUAGUUCCUCUUACCUAUUUGCGUCUGACUUUACCAGAUGUGGAUAUAUUAAUCCGUCUUAUUUCAACAGUACCACUCUCCAACACAUUACGUCAAUUACACAUAAAAUUAGGUAACAAUUACUACAAAAGUCAUUCUUCUAUAUCAACAUCUAAUCUUUCGAUUCAAAUGGUUAAUUUACAUACAUUUACUCUUUUGCAUAAAUUUUUCUUUAUGUUACCAAUUGAAUGGACAUUUUUUGAAAUGCUGACAUCGUCCAAUGUAAUGCCUGUUCUUCGACGUGCUAAUGUGUCACUUUUUAUUAAUAUUAAUGAUUUAAAUCGUAUUAGUUCAUCAGCAAUUUUUACUGAUCAUCGUCAUGUUGAUGUUCAUUUCGUUUUUAAUCUUAUCAAUUGUCCUGAAUAUAUCAAUGUAACUCAAUAUAUACCCCAUGGUAAUUGUUUUCAUCCACGAGAAAUAAUCGGUGCAACAUUUGUUGUUAAUCGACAGUCUGACAGAUCACGUUGGCUCGUUGAUGGUGAUCCUUUUAGCCGAGGACGUCAAUAUUAUCAUCAUAUGUGGUAUACUCUUCCAUGGAUAUUUGAUGAAUUCUUUCACGAAAAUAUUUCACAUAAAUCGAUCACCAAAGUACAAGUGUUUGAAAUACCUCAAAAAAUGACGACAAUUGUUCAAUCAUCUCUUCGUACAUUAGAUGCAUCAGGUCAGACUUUGGCAUCAUCCAUAUUCUCUUUACCUCAUGUGGCAUUAUCCAAUUGUAUUGAAACAUUGCACUUGUCCUAUUAUAAUAGAUCUAUUCAUAUACAUUUAUCUGCUCUUCGUCAUAUAACUCUUCUAAAUAGUAUCAAUUGUCUGGACUAUUGUUCUUCAUUUCCGACAACUAUUCGUUCUAUUCGUAUUAUACUUUUUUAUUUUUCUCCUAAUUAUAUGAUUCCAAACUGGCCAGUGGUUUUGCAUUCACUUUCAACUUUGCCACAAUUGAAUUCAUUACGUGUAUUUAUGUAUGACUUACCAAAAACUAUCGAUGAUAGAAGCUGUGAAAUGAUUGCAGAGAGAGCAUCUUUGUUCACCGAUUUUGGCUUUUGCUUUCGAAGGAAAGGCGCUUCAUCGCAUGACUUUGACAUCAAUUCUGUGUUUAAAGACCAUAUAAAAUUUAUAAAACAAUUAUGUCAUCAUAUAUUUAUGUUGUCUCUUGACAAACAACCCUAUUAUUAUUCAAUUGAAGAUGAUGGUUGUGGACUCCUAAUGUGGUUUUAA